AUCUAGUUUCCACUGCAAGUAACAGGCAAACAUCUAGAACCCUCAACCCUGUCUAUUGUCUAAUCUUCGAGAAUUGGGUGCGGGAAGCAAGAACAAAAAAUUUAAGCUGGGUACUACUGAUAAUCACACUGUUACUCAAACUUCUCGAUCCAUCCAUUGUUGUUGCUGUGUGGAUUGGCUGCGUAACUUUCUACGGAUGGAUAUCGAUUCGACGCCAUCCACUUUCUACGUUCGUGAUCGAAUCCUUCAGAGGCUCACAAUAGUUGGAGUUCCUGAGGAGUACAUUGAAGAUCUUCAUCCUGGUUUGAUUCGCUUUGUAAAAAUUAACAAGCCUUUGUUGUCUGAUAUAGUAUUGGCUAUUUUACCUACAGACCUAGAUAUUGCAGGAGUGGUUGGCGAAGGAAAAUUUGGGUUUAAGAGAACACGGGCUCAUAAUGACUUGAAAGAUGUCUUUAGUGAAAGCCUGCUUUGGAUAAAAUGGUUAAUGUUUGAGCAAGAACCUACUAUUGCCUUGAGAAAUUUGGCUAAUUUGAAUGUUGGUCAACGUGGUGUUUGUGGUGCUAUCUGGGGGAAAAAUGAUUUAGCAUUUCGCUGUAGAACCUGUGAGCAUGACCCAACUUGUGCGAUUUGCGUCUCUUGUUUCGAAAAUGGGAACCACAAGAAUCACGACUAUUCUAUCAUUUAUACUGGAGGGGGUUGCUGUGAUUGUGGUGAUGAGACUGCCUGGAAACGGGAGGGCUUUUGUUCUAAGCACAAAGGGGCAGAACAAAUGCAACCUCUACCAGUUGAGAUUGCAAACUCAGUUGGACCAGUAUUGGAUCUUCUUCUCAAGUACUGGAAAGGUAAACUAUUGGUUGCUGAGAACACACUGAAAGGAGGUUCAUCCAACAAACAUGAUACUGAUCUGCGAAAAGUAGCUAAUGAGUUUUCAUAUGUUGUGGUGGACUUGCUUAUAGAUUUUUGCAAUAAUAGUGAAAGUUUGUUGAGUUUUGCUUCUAAGAGAUUGCUCGACAUAGUUGAUUUACUGAAUGUGUUGGUUAGAGCUGAGAGAUUCUUAACUUCUGAAACGACAAAAAAGUUGCAUGAGUUGCUUCUCAAGCUUCUGGGUGAACCUACAUUCAAGUAUGAGUUUGCUAAAGCAUUCAUAGAUUAUUAUCCUGUUCCUGUGGCGGAAGUUCUAAGGACAUCUAGUGAAAGUGUUCUCAGAAAAUAUCCUCUCUUGUCUAUGUUUUCUGUGCAAAUCUUUACUGUACCGACACUUACCCACCUUCUUGUAAAAGAACAACAUCUCUUGGCUGUUCUUUUGGAUUGUUUGGAGGAAAUUAUGAUUUCUUGCUGUGUUGACAAUGGUCAGAUUCAGUUUAUCAAGUGGGUUGCUGUAUAUGAUUUAUGUAUCCGUGUUACACAAGACAUCAAGUUUAUUUUAAGCCAUUCUGCCAUAGCCAUAUACGCGACUCAUAAGCAGACAGAUAUUGUCACUGCUUGGUUGCGAAUUUUGGCCUUAGUGCAAGGCAUGAAUCCUCAAAAGCGAGAGACUAACAUCCAUGUUGAAGAAGAACAAGAAAGUUCACAUCUGCCUUUCUUGAUGUGCAACUCUAUUGCCUCCAUUCAUGUACUUUUACUGAAGGGUGCUUUCUCUGCUUCUGGUAGUGAAAAAGUAGAUGAAGAGGCUUCUAGAGAGAUAGAGAGACAAGAUACGGAUGAGCAAUAUUGCCCAAGGCUUGCUAAAGUUGGCAGGCUUUCUGAAGAAAGCUCCAUCUGUGGUUCAGUGGUCCACAGUAGUGUGUCAGAAUGUGCGUCUCAGGAGUCUGGUGGUAAUCUUGAUUUUGUAGUGUCAACUUCUGUUUUAAAGUUGAUAUUUGAGUUAACAAAGGCUAUAAACGGUUGGUUGGUUGAGAGUAAUGUUGUAUCUCAUGACCCCAAAUUAUUAGCUUUCAAGGAAGCGUCAUUGAGAGUCAAGGAUGGAUUGUGCAUUUCAGGUUCGUCUGAUGGCUCCAUAACUGAAAAUAGCCAUAAAGGUAGGGGUAAUCAUGGAAGUGAUGAAUUUCAAGCACAAUUUUUGGGUCAUGCCAUUCCGAUGGAUACCGGGGAAGUGGAAAAGGAUGCGAGCAUCAUGGAAACAGAAACAUCCUCCGAAAGAGAUGUUUUAUUUUUGUUGGGUUUUUCUGAUUGGCCAGAUAUUGAUUAUGAUGUAAGUUCACAGGAGGUAUCAGUACAUAUGCCUCUGCAUGGAUUACUGUCUCUAAUCAUGAAGGAUUUGCUUAAGUACUAUUAUGGUAAAUCUAUGCUGACAGAUAAGGGUGGCAAUGUUUAUCUGAAUCUUGCAUCAGAUGAUCAUGUUAAUUUCUUUUUGAAAGUUCUUAGAGGCUGUCAUCCAAAUGGAUUUUCUUCGUUCAUGAUGGAGCAUCCUCUGCAAAGCAGGGUAUUUUGUUCCCAGGUUCGAGCUGGGAUGUGGAAAAAAAAUGGUGAUGCUCCAAUAAUAUGCUUCGACUUGUAUCGUUCUAAUCGCUGGUCUGAUCAUGAGCUGGAGCUUGAUUUAUUUUUACUGCAACUAUGCGCUGCAUUUGCUCCUGCUGAUCUAUUUAUAAAAAGAAUCCUGGAACGUUUUCAAUUGUCCAAUUACUUUGAUUUGGAUCUCAAGCGUUCUAGUGAGUAUGAACCUAUUUUAAUGCAGGACCUGCUCACUCUAAUAAUACAGAUUGUCAAAGAGAGGCGAUUCUGUGGACUAACAGAAUCUCAGAGUCUGCAAAGAGAACUGAUAUUGAAGCUUGCAAGUGGAGAUGCUACACACAGCCAGAUUCUCAAGUCUCUACCUAAGGACUUAUCUAAACUGGAUCAGCUGCAAGAUGUCUUAGUUAAAGUUGCUCAAUACUCUAAACCAUCAGGAAUGAAUCAGGGAAAAUACUCUCUACGAAUGCCAUACUGGAAAGAACUAGAUUUGUAUCAUCCAUGUUGGACUCCCAGAGACUUGCAGGUUGCUGAAGAGAGAUACUUCCGCUUUUGCGGGGUUUCUGCACUUGGUGCUCAAUUACCAAAGUGGGACAAAGUUUAUCAACCACUAAUUGGUAUAGCUAGAGUGGCUACUUGCAAAACUAUUAUUCAGGUCAUUCGGGCUGUCCUCUUUUAUGCUGUCUUCACUGAUAAAUCAGCGGAAUCACGUGCUCCUGAUGGGGUACUAAUAACAGCUCUGCACUUACUUUCACUAGCACUUGAUAUUUGCAAUUUGGAGAGAAAGUCGGGUCAUUUAUCUCCUCAAAAAGGGAUUUGCAGUCAGUUGCUAGGCAUAGCUGCUGAGGAAAUUGAGGUGGGAUGGCAUGGUGAAUCUGGUCGCCAGAGUUUACUAUCACUUUUGAUCCUGUUGUUGAGGUUGCAGAGGAAAGAUAACACGGGCAGCUUUACAGAAGCAGGAAACUUCAAUAUCACUUCACUUGUAGAAAUUCUGUUGAAGAAUUUUGCUGAAUUAGACAUCAAUUGCAUGACGAAGCUGCAGAAGAUGGCUCCCGAGGUUGUUAAUUACACAGCUGAUGGAACAGUGAAUUUUAAUCCAGUUUCUGAUACUGAGAAGCGGAAGAUGAAAGCCAGAGAAAGACAAGCUGCCAUAUUGGCAAAAAUGAAAGCUCAGCAAACCAAAUUUCUUUCUACUGUGAAGUCAUCAGCAGAUUCUGUGUCAGAUGAUUCUAGUUUCGGAAAAGAGGAGCAUACAUCUAAUGUACCUCAAGAUUCAGAAGAAACUCAUGUCUGCUGUCUUUGCCAUGAUCCAAAUUCUAGAAACCCUGUGUCUUUCCUUAUUUUGCUGCAGAAAUCUAGGAUUGUAACAUUUGUUGACAGAGGGCCUCCUUCAUGGGACCAAGGCUCGCAGUCAGAUGGGCUGAAGAGCUCUGUAUUGGCAUGCAUGGAGACAGAUCCUCCUGCUAGGGAUGCUAGUGCUACCUCAGUGGAGAAAUUAUCUUCUUCUCAAUUGGCGCAGUUAGUUGAAGGAGCGAUGAAUGAGUUUGCUGCUCAGGCUCAACCUGCAGAACUCAAUGGAUUUAUAGACUACAUCAAGUCUCAGUUUCCUGAGCUGCGUAAACUUAAUGUCCCUGGCAAGUCUUCUGAAAAGAGGGAUAAGUGUGUAUUUUCUCUUGAAUCAUUGGAGCAAGAUGUGUUUUUUUCUAUCCAAAAAGAGAUGAGUUGCUUUCAUGACUCUGAUAUUAUGUGUGAUGAUAAAAAAGUUCCAUUUGAAGAGGAUGGAGCAAGAUCAUCUUAUCCAGUGUCGUUGUUGCUUGGAAAAUAUAUAGCCUCUCUCGUAAAAGAGUCGAAGGAUCCUUCACAAAAUAGAAAUUUACCCAGAGUGGAGCGACCUGCUAUAUUGUUUCCUUAUGAUGAAGUUGGUCCCAUGUAUUAUGACGGGAUUUAUCUUUCUUCUUGUGGCCAUGCAGUUCAUCAAGGAUGUUUAGAUCGUUAUCUGUCAUCAAAUAAAGAAAGACUUAUCGGAAGAAUGGUAUACGAAGACGGCCGUAUUGUUGAUCCAAGCGAAGGUGAGUUUACCUGUCCAGUAUGUCGCCGCCUUGCCAAUUCAACAUUACCUGCUGUUCCUGAUGAUUCCAGUAAUCUAUGGGAGAAGCCUACAGAUUCGAGCAUCUUUUCAGCACAGUCUUCUAGUUCUUUGAAUGCACCCAAGGAGGAGAAUGGCUCAUUAAAGAUUAAAUAUGCCGUUUCUAUAUUACGAAGUUCAGCUUCUGUAGUUUCAAGGAGUCAAACGUUAAAGGCUUUGCCUGUGCAUAGAAACAGAAGGAUAAGGGCUAAUCUCGAACCUGUCUUUCAAUCUCUAAGUGAGAUGUAUUUUCCAGGGAAGGAUCUCUUUUUAAAGUCAGGGAGAGUGAGCCCUUCUGUUCUUAUGUGGGCCACUCUCAAGUAUUCACUUGUGUCAAUAGAAAUUGCAGCUCGUAGUGGAAAGUGCUCUCUGAGUGCAAGGAAGGGCCUUCAUUCUCUUUCGGAGGAAUUUAAGUCAUCUGGUGGAUUUAUAUUGCCGUUGCUUUUAAAAAUUGUUCAAAGCACAAGAAGAAAAACGGUGCCUGAUUUGCUUUUGAGGUUUAGAGGCCUUCAAAUCUUCUCAGCAUCCAUUUGCUCUGGCAUUACUUCUGAUCAGGGUCAUAUGGGAGCAAGUAAUGGAGAAGGAAACAUUGUGCGCCUACUGAAACAUACAAAUGGGGAGACGAUGUUUCCUGACAUGAAAUUUUGGUACCAAGCUUCACGUCCUGUUCUUAUCUGUGAUCCUUUUUCAACUUUGAUGUGGACUUUAUUUUAUCUUCCCUGUCCAUUCCUAUCCUCAACUGAGAGCUUUGUCCCUCUUGUGCAUAUCUUUUACGGGAUCACCGUCAUUCAGGCUAUAAUUACUUACUGUACGUACUCAAACUGCAACAUCAGUGAUUUAGGCUUCCAUGAUUCCUUAGUUGCUGAUAUUGCCAAAUUAGCUGGAAAAUCUGCGAUUACUAAGCAAUUUUUCAUUUCAAAUUAUAUUGAUCCUUCUUGUCACCUCAAGGAUGUCAUCGACAAAUUAAGCUUACCAUAUCUGCGAAGAUGUUUGUUGUUAUGGAAACUUUUAAAAUGUCCUUCCAGUUCACCUUUUCCGUCAAGGAUAGGUGACUUCGAUAAAUCAUUAGAAAUAUCGGAAUACUUUGAGGCCAAUAAUUCUGUAGACCAUAUGGAUGAGGUUAAUGAAUUGAAGAAUCUGUUUGGAAUUCCUCGAUUGGAUAUUGUUCUUAAAGACGGAGAGCUACGUUGUAUGAUGUUGAAAUGGUUUCAUCAUUUCUCCAAGGAGUUUGAGAAUCAAUGCAUUCAGCGUGUCCUGCAUUUAACUCCAGUGGUUCCGUUUCAGCUGAUGUCUCUUCCUAUUCUUUAUCAGGAUCUGGUGCAGAGGUAUAUAAAAGCCCGAUGUCCUAGCUGUGGUGUUAUGCCAGAGGACCCUGCCUUGUGCCUCUUGUGUGGAAGACUAUGUUCUCCAGUCUGGAAACCUUGCUGCAGCGAAAGUGGAUGUCAUUCUCAUGCCAUGUCGUGUGGUGCUGGAACUGGAGUUUUCCUCUUGAUUAGGAAAACUAUCAUCUUUCUUCAGCGUAAUUCACGCCAAGCUCGUUGGCCCUCCCCUUACCUAGAUGCUUUUGGUGAAGAGGAUGUCGAAAUGUUAAGAGGCAAGCCAUUGUAUUUGAAUGAAGAGCGUUAUGCAGCUUUGACUUACAUGGUGGCUUCUCAUGGCCUAGAUUUAAAUUCCAGAGUUCGGCCUAACGCAGUUGGUACCUUCAUAUGGGUUUAGAGCUCAAAGUGGUGCUGGAAAGCUAUGGGUGUUGAUUACUUUACUGUUCUACUUGUGUAUUAUCACGAGUAAUGUUGCUAAACAAUCAUGAUGAAUAUCAGAUACUUGUGUACUGGAAAGCUCUGGGUCUUUAUCUAUCCAUGGCCUCUAACUAAGAUGGUAUACAAAUUAGUUCUGACCUGCAAUUCCAAUGCAGCUGAAUCAUAGGUGUAGGAGCUACAAGUGAAGUAUUAUGUACAAAACCGGUUCAUUUGUCAUUUUUUAUUUCAGUUUUCCAUGUAAAUGAUUGUGCACAAGUUAGUUUCAAAUUUCUGUUGAAUUUACUAAUUUGGCUGUUAUGAUGUUUACAUUUAUCAUCAUACCCAGUGUAUCAUCCUGCUCAUUAAUGUUACAAUCUUUACGACAA